UGAAACACGCUGAGAGUCUCAAACAUCGGGGACUUCUGUCUGGAGAUCUCUCUUUUUUCGGAAAAGUUUUCAAGUGAUAACGCAACAGGAGCAGCUGGAUUUCCUUUCUGUUUUUUCUCUUUACAAGGUUGUUGAGAUGAUUCCUCUCCUCCUGCUCUGCUGGCUCAGUCUGAGUUUCGCUCAAGAUCUGCUGCUUCAGCCCAAAAUCUCUGUGAACGGGGUCUCCGGGGCCCAGCAGCAGGGGUUAAGGGUCUUAAGAAGUAUUGUCACAGUGCCCCCACCCUCGGUGCAGAUGCACGCCUCCGGCUCUCUGGCGGGUCAGGUGGUGCUUCCCUGCCUCUUCUCCAUCCCCCCCCACACCACUGAGUCUCCCACGUCUCCCCCUCUCCUCCCUGCUUCCCCCCUCACCUCCACCCCCGGCCCCCAGGAGGAGCUGAGGAUCAAGUGGACGAAGCUGGAAGCGUCCGGGGAGCAUUUGGUGCUGGUGGCGCAGGGCGGGGGGGUGAAGGUGGGGCAGGCCUACAUGGGGAGGGUGUCUGUGGCGUCUCACCCGCUCUCGGUGGGCGACGCCUCCCUGCAGCUGGUGAGGCUGCGGGCCAGCGACGCCGGGCUGUUCCGCUGCCAGGUGACGCGCGGCCUGGAGGAGACGCAGCACACCGUCAGCCUCAGCGUCACUGGCGUUGUUUUCCACUACCGGGCGAAGAGCAGCCGCUACACGCUGGACUUCCUUUCAGCCGUGGAGGCUUGCGAACACGCCGGCGCCACCAUCGCUUCACCGGGUCAACUGCAGGCUGCGUUCGAGGACGGAUUCGACCAAUGUGACGCCGGCUGGCUCUCCGACCAGACCGUCAGUUACCCCAUCGUCACGCCUCGUCCCGGCUGUGCAGGAAAUCUUCUGAAUCGACCCGGAGUCAGAACAUACGGCCUGAGAGAGCCGGAGGAGAAAUACGACGUGUACUGCUACGUGGAAAAACUACACGGCGAGCUCUUCUUCCCCGCCUCCCUCAGUCAGAAACUCUCUCUCCAGGAGUCCAGACUCCACUGCCUCUCUCUCGGUUCUGUUCUGGCGUCUCCAGGUCAGCUGUUCGCCGCCUGGAGAUCCGGAUUCAACCGCUGUGAUUACGGCUGGCUGUCGGACGGCAGCGUUCGGCACCCGGUCACCGUGCCGCUGCCUCAGUGUGGGGGGGGCCAGCUGGGGGUCCGCACGCUCUACAAACACCAGAACCAGACGGGUUUCCCAGACCCCCAGGACAAGCACGGACUCUACUGCUUUAAAGCUAAACUACCCGAGCCAACGACUACAAGUCCUCCGAUGAUGCCCACUGAAUCUACAACUGACACUCCAACACCCGGACCAGUCUUCAUGCCAGAAAGAGCUGAAAUCCAAACCAAAGAUCCCGUUACAUAUUCCAAACACACCUCCGCUCAGACUCUGGCCCCCGGGACCCCCACUCCAAUGUUCGUAGACUACGACGUUCCACUUUUCAACCCCAACGUAUUAGAGGCGUUACCAGGUAGAGGAGACACUUUGCCCCCCAUGAAGCUGCCUCCGUUACCGACCACCCGCUUGCAGCCUCCACAACUCGAUAUCUCCCACGGGGGGGAGGAGGGAGGCAGAGUGGGGUCCGGCAGUGGAAGUGGGGAGGGAGGAAGCAGCGAGGGAAGCUACAGUGGGGCGAUGGUGACCCCGGGACAAGCGUGGGAGGAAACCACAACGAGACCAAGUUCCCUUCUGGAAAUCACCCCAGAAACCACAACGAGACCAAGUUCUCUUCCAGGCAUCACAUCAAGACCAAGUUCUCUUCCAGGCAUCACAUCAAGACCAAGUUCUCUUCCAGACAUCACAUCAAGACCAAGUUCUCUUCCAGAAACCACAUCAAGACCAAGUUCUCUUCCAGACAUCACAUCCAGACCAAGUUCUCUUCCAGACAUCACAUCAAGACCAAGUUCUCUUCCAGACAUCACAUCAAGACCAAGUUCUCUUCCAGACAUCACAUCAAGACCAAGUUCUCUUCCAGGCAUCACAUCAAGACCAAGUUCUCUUCCAGGCAUCACAUCAAGACCAAGUUCUCCUCCAGAAAUCACCCCAGAAACCACACAGAGACCAUUGCAUCUUCUUCCAGAGACCCCCAGCCCUGAACCAAGCGUACCAGCCAGCACCAGAGAGGGGGGUCAGCAACCCGCUGUUGUUUUUAAAGAGGACGUUACCCCAGGAACUUCAUCCACGUUUGAGCUCGACCAUUCGCUGGCCAUUCCUGUGGACAGGGAGUCCUCUUCAGGCAAUAAGCCCAUCCAAUUCAUCGUUGUGAACAUGAAGGACAGAAACCAAUCAGUGGAGGACAUCCUGAAAUUCCUGAACCGGCCUCAGUCUCAGUUAAAUCAGAUCACACACUUCUCUCAGAUGAGCGGUGAAGGUGUGCAGGGCAGCGGAGACUCCCAUCCCUUCGACGUUUCUCCCAUCAACCUGCCUCCAACCGUCAGAUUCAUCAACGGAAAACAUCAGGUGAAAUUUGACUCUGAGCUGCCAGAGGAAGCCAGAGGAGAUCAGUUCGAGACGGCCACACCUGUUCAGGUAAACGAGGUGGACCAUGAAGAAGGGACAGAGAACGAGAACUUGUCUCCUUUUGACUACACCAUAGAAAUACCAAGUGAAGAAACACCAACAGAGGAGGAGACCCCAAGUGAAGAGACACCAACAGAGGAGACCCCAAGUGAAGAAACACCAACAGAGGAGACCCCAAGUGAAGAGACACCAACAGAGGAGACACCAAGUGAAGAGACACCAACAGAGGAGGAGACACCAAGUGAAGAAACACCAACAGAGGAGACCCCAAGUGAAGAGACACCAACAGAGGAGGAGACACCAAGUGAAGAGACACCAACAGAGGAGACACCAAGUGAAGAGACACCAACAGAGGAGACCCCAAGUGAAGAGACACCAACAGAGGAGACCCCAAGUGAAGAGACACCAACAGAGGAGGAGACACCAAGUGAAGAGACACCAACAGAGGAGACACCAAGUGAAGAGACACCAACAGAGGAGACCCCAAGUGAAGAGACACCAACAGAGGAGACCCCAAGUGAAGAGACACCAACAGAGGAGACACCAAGUGAAGAGACACCAACAGAGGAGACCCCAAGUGAAGAGACACCAACAAAGGACAGCAGCGAUGCAUCCGUGGAUUCUGACGUCAAAACCCAAGAACCAGGCGAUCAGACGGCAACAAGAUCCACCUCCACGUUCAAACAGAAACUCCCCGUCUCAUCUCCAGCAACCUCAACACCAUCUUCCGCCUUUUCUGUUCCGCAGCCUCCCACUAAAGGUGUUUCAACCUUCGACGAUACAGAAGGAUCGGCAAGUCGCGGCACCGAUGACGAGUCUCAGGAAGGAUCCACGGACGACGUUUCGUCAUUGGGAAGCCAAUCUCGAGGCGUGACCGAUGAGACGGAAAUCGGCGGGACGGAGCCUCCUACUACUUCAAUCCCAGAGGCACAAUCACAGAAAACGACAACCACAAAGACCGACAUCGAGGACUCCGAAGGGUCCGCAUCGGGAGAAGACGAAACUUCAGGACAAGACCCACCGGAGAUUUAUUCUACCCAGAAACUUCAACCUGUGGACGUAGAAGUUCCUUUGGUUUUACCGGCUGUAGACGUGGUGACAGAUGCAGGAUCAGGUGCAGAACAGAUGUCCGGAGAGGGGGAAGUUUCCGGGGAAAAGGGUGGUCCGUUUGACCCCCUUUCAGAGGUCACAGUUACUGUUUUACCACAUGUUGCAGCCGUGACUUUUGCAGACCAAACCACAAACAGAAAGGACACGACCUCAGAAGUUACCACCCCGAAACAGUCCACCACAAACGAUAACAAACAUCCAGAUCUUACCUCAAAGUCUGCAUCCACAACGCCUGAAAACCAAACCCCAACCACCACCAAGCAGCAGAAUGCUUUUGUACCUGCCACAACCUCAGGAGCAACGAAGACCACCACAAAUGAUAAGAAACAUCCAGAUCUUACCUCAAAGUCUUCAUCCACAACGCCUGAAAACCAAACCCCAACCACCACCAAGCAGCAGAAUACUUUUGUACCUGCCACAACCUCAGGAGCAACGAAGACCACCACAAAUGAUAAGAAACAUCCAGAUCUUACGUCCAAGUCUUCAUCCACAACCCCUGAAGACCACGACCCAACCACCACCAAGUUUUCCCAGACGAAGCAGACCACCACGAGCUCCACGCAGCCCUUGUACACUUUCGAUCGUCACACCCACUCCGUCCCUCAGUGGGCUCUGACCCCUGACCCCGCUGCCACCCCUCUACCAGAUGAUGAUUUUGUGGAUUACGAUAAAGAGUUGGCCCCUGUUCUGCUGGAGGUUCGGCCCCCGAAAGCAGAAGAGAUCCGGACCACGGAGCAGCCGGAGAACGCUCACCCUGUGGAGGUCAGCACCGUGGACGUCAGAGAUCUCCUGCCAUGCACGACCAAUGUGUGUCAGAACGACGGCAGCUGCUACAGAAGAAACACACAGAAUAUGUGUGUGUGUGCACCUGGAUUCACCGGGCAGCUCUGUGAAACAGAUGUCGAUGAGUGCCAGUCGAACCCCUGUCUGAACGGAGCCACCUGUCUGGAUGGAGUCGCCUCGUUCACCUGCCUCUGUCUGCCCAGCUACUCCGGAGAGCUCUGCCAACAAGACACUGAGCUGUGUGGGUUCGGCUGGCAGAAGUUUCAGUCUCACUGCUAUAAAUACUUCACUCACCGGCGGACGUGGGACGCAGCAGAGAGAGAGUGCCGUCUGCACGGAGCCCACCUGACCAGCAUCCUGUCCUCAGAGGAGCAGAUCUACGUCAACCGUAUGGGCAGUGACUACCAGUGGCUCGGUCUGAGCGACAAGAUGUUUGAGAGAGACUUCAGAUGGACCGACGGGAGGCCGAUGCAAUACGACCACUGGAGGCCGAACCAGCCCGACAGCUUCUUCCAGUCGGGAGAGGACUGUGUGGUGAUGAUCUGGCACGAGGGGGGGCAGUGGAACGACGUUCCCUGCAACUAUCACCUGACCUUCACCUGCAAGAAGGGAACAGUCUCCUGUGAGCAGCCCCCCAUGGUGAAGGAUGCUCGGGUGUUCGGGGCGAUGAAGCCUCGCUACGAGAUCAACACGCUGCUGCGAUAUCACUGUGAACAGGGCUUCAUCCAGAGACACGCCCCCACCAUCCGCUGCCGGGCCAACGGCCAAUGGGACGCCCCGAAAGUCACCUGCACGAGCCCCGCAACUUACCACAAGUUAAUGACUCUCCGGCGCCGCAACAACCAGAACAACGAGCAGGAAAUCCAGCACAUCCACCAUACCAAGAGUCCCCAGAAACUGAACGAAAACGUGGAGCAGAAGCAGAGUUUCAGCUUCUUUCAGAACAUCUGGAACCCUUUCCAGAGGGAGAAGAGGCAACAGCAGCAAACGCACGACGAGGAAGAGAUGAGGCACUGAUCGGAGCGUUUGUAAAUCAGCCGAACACAGUUCUGUUUGGUCCAGAAGCAUCUUUAGACAGAGGGAUGCAAUGAACUGUCUGUUAAUGGUGCUUCACCGGUACAUUGUGCCCCAGAAACACUCCAGGAUCUGAACCGUAACACUAGUGAGAAGUUUCAUAUCUUAAUUCUUCACAGAUUAUAUCGAGUCACAACGCUCCGAACGGGAAGACUUUAAAUGGUCAUUAUCACACAAGACGUCAGGUUUCCUCUGCACGAUCCAGCUCGACUCGACUCAAUUUUGGUACCUGGUGCUUUUCUAGAAUAAGUUUUCCAAUGUUGACGGGACUCUCUUUGGAUCCUUUUAUCAAGAACCAAACAGUCGCGCGUACGCACUUCAAAUUACCUAAAGUGGUUUUGCAGGUUGCCAUUUUUAUUUCCGCAACUCCUGCAUGCAAAAUAGUUUCUUUCUCUAUGACCUCAGCUGAUCUUGCAUACCACCACUAAUGUUAUUUUCUUUCGGUGAAUGUAUGUUUCAAGCACCUCUAGUGUUGGCUGCGCUUCACCAUUUUUGGAAAAACGUAUUUUACUGUCUGCUUUAUAUCGUGCUGUCUCCUCACUCUUUUUAAAGCUAAAACCAAGCCUUACCUUAUCCGUUACAAGCCACAUUUUGGACUUUGACGUAGAUCAAAAUGUCUGUUUUUACCCGGAGUAUCUGCAGAAUAAAUCCAUACCGGACGUGUUAGGAUCCAAUAAAGCUAGCCGUGAUAUCUCGGUAGCUAUUGGUGGUAGCUUGGCUUUUUAAAAGAAGAAAGUACCAGGUACUAUCCACACAUUUUGCUGAUGGGAAACCAAAAGAAAGUUGAGUUGAGUCGAGCCGUGCAGCGGAAACAAGUCUUGUGUUUCCUUUCUUUAGUUUAGGACCCGAACACAUCUUUCAAUCUGUUUUAAAGGUACGCUGUGGAGGUUAUUUUAGUUUGUGAUACGGAAAAAAGGGACCAACUCUUAAAAACAUUGAUUAAAAGUGCCAUAAACUGCACAAGGUGCCUUUAAUUUAACGUCGGGAACUUAGAGCACAAUAUUAAAAUACUUGAAUGGUUUAUUUUUAUAAGAACCACUCCAGUAGUUUUGAAAAAGCAUGAAUUCAUCACUUUAAAUUAUUAUUAUUAAGAACAUUUCCCAACGUGUCCAGUCUCCGUUCGUUGCUGCUCAUUAAGACCCGUUUCCACCAGCUGAUUUCCACGUGUAGAUUUUUGUACAAAAUAUUUCAGCUUGAGAAAAGUUUUUUUAAAUAAAAGGGAGAGGGAGAUUUAAAGAGCGGCACAUGAAUCUGAAGAGGAGAUUAUUAUGAAUGUGUGUGUGCUAUUAAUCAUAGGAUAUAUAAUAUAGAUACUAUACGAAGCCAUAAGAAAUUAAGUUAUUGUAUACUUUAAAAACUAUGAAUGGACUGUGAUGUUAAAUAAAGGUCUUGCUGUUUACAGAUCUGAUAGCAUUUGUCGAGAUGCUUUUUAUUGACUCAAAUUCACCUCCAAAUUCUCCUUUUCUACGAAUAUGUGUUGGGUUUUGAGCUUAACGAUGUUGCGUUUUGCUACAGAUCUGGAAUCUGUGUUUUAAAAAUAGGAAUGUGAAAAUACGAGUGUAUUAGGACCAUUGUAGGUUAAAACAAAUACAAAUAAGGAGCCAUAGAAGGGGACGAUAAUCCAAGAAAAACGUUUUUAAAAUGACAUUUAAAAAGGAUAAAACUCUGAUAUUCAUUCAGAUUAACUUUAAUUCAAGUUGAAAAAAAACUCACAAAAUGUUCAAUAAAAAAAAAAUUCUCUGACAUAAAGUCCAAAAUGUGCGAUAAAGAUCUAAUGGUAUAUACAAAAUACAUAGAUGAAAUUAAAUAAUUGGAUUUUGUUAUAUAAGAAGUAUAAACAUAAUCUUUAAUACAUUAAAAAGUACAUUUGGGGGAAUUUUCUAUAGUUUUUUGGCUUUUGCGCAACUUGAAACUAAAAUAAAUGCAGAUUUGACACCAACUGUAAUAUGCUGUGUUUUAUUGCAGCGUUUUUCCUGCAAAUGUCUGGUGUUAUAACCUCAGAGAAUGUAUCGAAGUUUUUGUGUACAUAUACGACUUUAAUCUCUUGAAUUGUUCCUUGAAAUAUGGAUGUCUUUUUUUUGUUUUUUAAACCUACAAUAGUCCUGAUACCCCAUCAUAGAGACAGUUUUUACCUUCUCCUCUUCAUACGUUUUCCUUUUUAUAUAUUGUCUGUCAGUGUAAAUGCUUUUUUUAAAUGUACUUCUACUCCAUGUGGUUUACUGUAUCUUUGGCACAAGAGCGUAUUUGUAUGUAAUCAUUGUUUCUUUCUCCAUUUUGAGUAACUGUAAAAAAAGAUGUCCUUCAUCAUGGUUUCAGUGUCAUUGUCAGCUGUGUGUGCAAUAAUAGGAAUUAUCAUAACACGGCC